AUUCACACGACUGUAUAAAUUGAUUUGUUUGUAACGAAAGAGCUCAUUCCGUAAACAUCGCUUAAGAGAGAAAGGUUCAAUAGAGAUCACACGACAAUAAUGGACAAGUGGCAAAAUUCUGUAGCUAUUGUAACUGGCGCUAAUUCUGGAAUUGGAUUCACAAUCUUCAAGCAACUCGCUGAAAAUGGAAUUAAAGUUGUUGGACUUGAUAUUUACAUUGAAACUAUAAAUAAAUUAAAAACUGAGACGAAAAAUGAAAACAUUCAUGCAAUAGUCUGUGACAUAACGAAAGAUGAUCAAACGGAAGCUGCAUUUAAGUGGAUUGAAGAUACAUUAGGUGGCGUUGAUAUUUUAGUUAAUAAUGCAGGAAUAUUAAGAACGAUUGGAAUCCUCGAAUAUGACAAGCCAAUGAAGGAACUUGAAUUUAAUGUGAACAUAAACUACACUGCUCAUGUCCGAGUUUCACGUCUAGCAUUUAAAUCGAUGGCAACUCGCGACAAAUAUGGAUAUAUAAUCAACAUUAGCUCUGUCUGUGGACAUAGUGUAGUUCCAGUAAUGGAUAACGGAUCAAUUGGCGUUUAUAAUGGAACUAAAUAUGCCAUGACAGCUACCAAUGAAGUAAUGCGAUUUGAAUUGAACCAAAUGAAGAAUCGUAAAGUUCGCGUAACAAAUAUCGCACCGGGUGUUGUCUUGACAAAUCUUUACAAAAAUGCCGAUGUCAAAGAAGAUGAUGAAGGUGCUGUGUACAAAAAUCCUAUUUUGAGAGCUAAAGAUGUUGCUGAUCAGGUUGUUUAUUUGUUGACAACGCCGUAUGAAGUACACAUUACUAAUCUUAUUGUUCGUGCGACUGGAGCUGACUUGUAAAUUUUUAAUCUCAGAAUUUUGGAGUAUCCCUCUCUGAAUACACAACAAAUGAAUCUCAAAUUAUUAUUUUUUGAUUAGGCAUGCAUUAAUAUGAGAAUAUUCUCAGUAUUGCUUUCACUUUUAAAAAGUUGCAGUCUGUUUUCGACGGUCGUUGAUCUUUAAAUGUUUAUUUUAUUUUUAUAUUUUCUGUAAAUUCAGGGAAAUUUUUGUAAAGGAUAAAAAAGUCAUUGAAUGUCAGUUGUGUAUGAUUGUUGAUAAAUAAAGGAACGAAAGUUACAUAAAAU